AUGGCCCAGCAAAACAUGAAAAUGCGCCCAGUGCUAUUGAAAAGGAACAGUCUGGAUUCAGCUGAUUUUAUGAGACAGCCACACCACCGCAGGACCAAAUCUCAGCAAGUUCGAUUCAAGGAUGAUGGUGUGAACACAAAGACAGAACUGGAUACUAAUCCUGCCCAAGAUAUAGCAUUCAUAACUGGAAAACCAGAAAUAUUUAGGGAUCACAAUUCUUUGCUACAUCAAUCUCCAUCUUUUCCAAGGGCUCAGAAGGGGCUUCGGAAUAUUGCCAUACAAACAUCUCCUAGCCUCAGGAAACACUUCCCCGUUUUUAAAAAGAAAAAGCUGACAGUAAGUAAAUCAUUAACAGAAAUGCCAACUAAGCCUGCAAAUUCUACCCAAGUAAAUGGCAAUCUUUCUGAACAAGACAUUAUGUCUUCAGAUCUCUGUUACUUAAGAAUAACUAAUCAUUUGGAAGAUGGAUUUAGGAAUAGUGAGGUGGAUGGUCAGUUAAAUCAAAGACCAUCAAAAGCACAAAGCAAUGGACCCAUCCACUCAGAUGAUUUCUCAGUAUCAGAGAAGACAACUGUUUCUACACAGAUGCCUGAAUACAUGCAUGUGAGUUUUCCACAAGACAGCAAUAUUUCCAUGGAUGCACCAGACACAACCAUGAAUCUAAGUAAUUCACUGCAUUCUUCUGUCAUAAAUAGCAAUGAAAAUAAUGAAAACAGCACACUGUCAUCUAAUUCUGAAAAAGCAUAUCCUUGCCUAAGCAAUUCUACUAACUGCAGUGAAUGUAAUCCUCAUUCUGAAUCUUGUGAAGCAGAUAAAAGUGAUUCUGAGUCGCUUGUAGCCAGCAAAGAUGCAAGCAGUAAGGAAACUACUCCAUUAUCACCUCCAUCAAAUCACAGUUCAUCUCCUUGUUUCCUCAGAGACUAUCAACAGGCAGGAGAGUACAAAACAGAUUCCAGCUGUAUGACACUAACAAAUGACGAUCACACAAUAAUGUCAUUGACCAGCAGUAACACGUCAAAAUCUAUUCUGUCAUGUAAUACUGAAAAUGAGAAAAAUUCUACCCAGUCAGAUGUUUCCCAGUGUAACAGCUGUUUAGAAGGAUUUCACAUAAAGUCUUAUCUGCCAAGGAAUGAAAUAAAACCACAAACCAACAAAGAGAUUAGCGAAAUAAAUCAAAUUCAUUUGGCACAUGGCGAAAUCUGUGCCCUACAAGGCAGGCUGCAGUCUGUAGAGGAAUCCUUGCAGUUGAACCAGGAGAAGAUUAAAGUCCUUUUGAAUGUAAUCCAAGACCUGGAAAAAUCCAGAGCCCUCAGUGAAGGGCGUAACUUCUAUCACACUGGUCAAGACCUCAACAACUGCAGCACCUGCCAGAACACCGCAUGUAUCAUUUACAGUGUAGAAUAUGACUUCAGACAACAAGAAGGAAGAUUUCAUCAGAUUUUGAAAACAUUGGAUCAUGCAGAGCAAAAUCCAGCUUCAGCUUCACCUCAGAAGCUACCAUCUGAUCAUCCAGCUCCCGAGAAAAAGGAAUUAAGAAGAAAAACAAAAAAGAUGAAAAGAAAAUGCUUCUGGUGGAUUUGA